AUGCCACGCGCUGUAAAAGGUGUCCUGAUAGAAUGCGACCCAUCCGUCAAAGCCAUAAUCCUAAAGUACGACCAGGAGCGGCACGAUUACAUCGUCGAGGACCUCGAUGACGAGCGCCAUCUGGUGAUCAAGGAAAGCCAGUUGCCGCAUCUGAAGGCGCGCUUGAGUAACGAGCUGGAUGAGAAGAUCAUGCAACCGGAGGAGUCCGAAUCGGAGUGA